AUGUGGCGGCAGGAGCUCCGCUGGAUGCGCCACGUCGUGCGCGCGCCGGACCAGGAGCUGCGUCUCGACCGAUGGCUGCGACUGCAGUUCCCGUUUCUGCCGCAGAGCUUCUGGCAGUCGGAGCUGCGCAAGCGCCAGAUCCGACUGCAGUCCGCCGCGUCGCAUUUCGAAGCGACUCGAGCCAAUUCAGUACUGCGCGAAGGUUCCGUCGUGGCCAUUCACGCGCGUCUGUUUCAGUCAAAGCUCCUCCAGUCGCUGAAGUUUGACGUACGGACGAAGUUUCGACUGGAAGCGACGCGAGGGAACGAGACAAUGGGCACGAGUGGAGACGUGAAGCGAGCGAAGCGCUUGAUGGAGCGCGUUGUGUAUCAAGACGCGCACUUUGUGGUACUUGACAAGCCUCAGGGACUUGCAGUGCAGGGCGGCUCGAAGUUGACCGAGUCGCUGGACCGGUACUUGCCAUUCCUGGCCAAGCUCAUGGGAAGUGGCUCCUGCAAGCAAGCGAAAAACAACGACAAUGACGACGACGACGACCAGCAAGAGACACUGCGACUGGUGCAUCGACUGGACAAGGAGACUUCGGGCGUGCUGGUGCUGGCGCGUUCCCGUCUCGCAGCUGCCAAGUUCUCGGCGCUGCUCCGAAGCGGGGCUGUGCACAAGACGUACGAGGCACUCGUGGCAAGACGCUCGUCAAAAGGCGAGAGCUCCUCGAGCUGGAAACAGUUGGAAGGACAAGAGGUACAUGACCCAGUGGACGGCAAAGCCGCGUGCACGUUAGUGGAGCGCGUGCUGCAGCGAAACGACGACCGCCACAUUGAGCACAGUGGUAGGACCGCCUGGCUGCAGCUCCGACCUCGCACGGGUCGCAAGCACCAACUUCGAGUGCACUGUGCGCAAGCAUUGGAUGCGCCGAUUGUCGGGGACACCAAAUACGGCGGACGUCGGGCCGAUCGACUGUAUUUACAUGCAGCAUGGAUUCGCUUUCCAGACCCGUUUCAUGAGGGAUCGUUCAUUGACGUGAAGUGCGAGAUGGAGGCUUGGGAGCGACCGGAUUCGAUAUGUACCGGGGUGAAUCGUUACAUAACAAUUUAUAAGAAAUUGUUAAUAGAAUAUAACUAG